AAGAAGGGUAGUUUCGCCAGUAGGUCAGAAUUCACUGAAUCGUUGAUCAGAGAUGAAGUUCGUUUUUUGUGCUGUUGUGGUGGUAGCUGUGAGCUAUAUUAAUUUUGCGGAAAGUGUAAAUUUGAAACAUAUCAAAAGUCCACCAGCAAAAUGUGUUGCCAGCGAAAAUGUUGUCCGUGACUAUGGGCAAGUGUAUUAUCCCCCAAACCUUUGUCGAAAAAUACACUGUUUUCCAGGCGGAAUGGUUAUGGAAAUCAGGUGUAUAACGAAAGUUCCAGAAGGUUGCCGGGCCAAGUUUCCCGAGUGCUGCUCCGAUAAGUUCAUUUGUAAAGAUGACGGCAAGAAAAGUCAUCCAAAUAUCACCCUUUCCGCAAAUCUCAAUUGCAGGGCAGGAGUACAUAGUUUUAUUUAUAAUUAUAUUCGAAUAAAUUAUUUUAUGAAACAAUUGACUAUAAUCAUUUAA